GUGUGCUUGUCAAUUGUGCUUUUGCAAGGCGUUGUCUCCUAAAUGCAAAGUAAAGGAUGCAUGAAAGGUUAAAUGUAUAGUGUCUAACUUUGAAUAGAGGACUUAAAGAGCUUCCAGUGUCGUUCCAGCCUUGACUUUUAAGCAAGUGUACAUUAGUACAUCUUGUAUAAUGCCAACCCUUGGCUGUGUCAAUGCGGACCCCGGGAGAGUCCCUCUUUGCGCUAUAAUAAAACCCCUUCGCCUACUAUAAAUCAUAUCAUUCCUGUUUGGACUUUUGUAUUGAGUAUUGUAGGCCUAUACUCGUUUGGCCAGUCAACUUUAUCCUAUUUGUUAAAUUGUCUUAUUAAUCGUGUUAAACGUAUUAAAACCUAAGGCUGACACAAUUGUAUUGUAAGAGAAAGCCGGUGCAUGAGACAUCUUUGCGGUAUAUUACAGCGGUUCAGGUGCGUCACUUUCCUCUGCAUAAAAAGGGCGAAGUGUGCCUUUUGGUGGGAGUCAUUUCACUUUUUUUAACACCUCUGUGGUCGCGUGUGUCGAAGUGCCUGGGUCAACCUGUCUUUUAGCCUUGUUUGAAGGACAGCUGUAUUAACUGACGUAUGUAAAUGAAUAUAGGGGAGGUCCUUGGGCAAAAAACACACACUGAAUCAGGUUCACUUUGCAGCUCCGGAGUUCCUGCGUGGAAGGAAAAACGAGACGUGGCGAAAUCUGCUCAGCAAACCAUGCAGGAUGAUUUACUGAUGGACAAAAACAAAGCCCAGCCUCACCAUCAGCAAGAUCCGACGCAAGUAGACCCUCCUCCCUCAACCCCGACCCCGUCAUCGGAGCCCACUUCUUCUUCAUCGGAGUCGGAGAGCCCGUCGACCGGGAGCAACCAAGCGGCUUCAGCGCUGAACAGCAGCAGCAAAGACAAAGUGUCGAUGGAGUCGCCGAUCCUGCCCGGGUUGAGCUUCCACCACCAGCCGCAUGAGACCGGCGGCCCCCUUUCCUCCCCGUCCUCCUCUUUUGGGAGCACUUGGUCCACGGGAACCACAAACACCGCCGUGGAUGACAGCUUUUUCCAGGGAAUACCCUCGGUGAACGGGACGAUGCUUUUCCAGAACUUCCCCCACCACGUCAACCCGGUCUUCGGGGGUAAUUUCUCCCCGCAGAUCGGUCUGGCUCCCCAGUCCCAACAGCAUCAACAGCAAGCCCAGCAGCAGCAGCAGCAGCAGCAGCCCCAGCAGCAGCAGCAGCAGCAGCAGCCCCAGCAGAGGAGAUCCCCUGUCAGCCCCAACCAAGGCCCCUUCCCCCAGAGAAACGCUUAUCAGACCAUAAUGAAUAACAGCAAAGGGUCGUCGUCUUCUUCUUCUGCCUCGUCGUCCGCUUGGAAUAAUCACCAAAACGCCGCAUGGAGCUCAGCUUCCAACCCCUGGAGCGGGCUGCAGGCAGGCAGGGACCCGCGCAGAGCGGUGGGUGUCGGGGUUGGAGUCGGAAUUGGCGUCGGGGUGCCGUCCCCCAUGAACCCCAUCUCCCCCAUGAAAAAGCCCUAUACCAGCAACGUUAUAGCACCCCCCAAGUUCCCAAGACCCGGUCCCCUCACCCCAAAGCCUUGGAUGGACGACAGCGCCUUCAGGACUGACAACAGCAACAACAUACUGCCUUUCCAGGACCGGAAUCGGCCCUUUGAUGCUUUUAGCUUGCACUCUUUGGAGAAUUCCUUAAUGGAUAUGAUAAGGACUGACCAUGACAAAGGUAAACCACACCCUGCCGGUGGCCCACCAAUGACUAUCGCUGAUAUUAUAUGGAGGAAUCAUUUUGCAGGACGCAUGGGCCUCAACUUUCAUCAUCCUGGAGCAGAACACAUAAUGCCACUGAAUACCCGGAGCUAUGGCCGCAGAAGAGGCCGUUCCUGUCUUUUUCCCUUUGAAGAUGGUUUCCUCGACGACGGUCAUGGUGACCCUUCCUUGACCCCGGGCCUGAACUCUCCGACCCGCUGCCAGAACGGAGAGAGGAUGGAGCGCUACUCCAGGAAGGUCUUUGUCGGAGGCCUCCCCCCUGACAUAGACGAAGAUGAAAUCACCAACAGUUUCCGUCGCUAUGGGCACCUGGUGGUAGACUGGCCCCAUAAAGCUGAGAGCAAAUCCUACUUCCCACCUAAAGGCUACGCCUUCCUGCUCUUCCAGGAAGAGACUUCUGUCCAGGCCUUGAUUGACGCCUGCAUCGAGGAGGACGGAAAGCUCUACCUGUGUGUUUCCAGUCCCACCAUCAAAGACAAACCGGUCCAGAUCCGUCCCUGGAACCUGAGCGACAGCGACUUCGUCAUGGACGGCUCACAGCCUCUGGACCCCCGCAAAACCAUCUUUGUAGGGGGGGUGCCGCGGCCCCUGCGUGCAGUGGAGCUGGCUAUGAUCAUGGACCGGCUGUACGGAGGUGUUUGCUACGCCGGCAUCGACACCGACCCGGAGCUCAAAUACCCGAAGGGAGCCGGCCGCGUGGCCUUCUCCAAUCAGCAGAGCUACAUCGCUGCCAUCAGCGCUCGCUUCGUUCAGCUGCAGCACAAUGACAUCGACAAAAGGGUGGAGGUGAAGCCGUACGUCUUGGACGACCAGAUGUGCGAUGAAUGCCAGGGGGCUCGCUGUGGGGGGAAGUUCGCCCCCUUCUUCUGUGCCAACGUCACCUGCCUGCAGUACUACUGCGAGUACUGCUGGGCCAGCAUCCACUCUCGAGCCGGCCGAGAGUUUCACAAGCCGCUGGUGAAGGAGGGGGGCGACCGCCCUCGACACGUGUCCUUCCGCUGGAGCUGAGGGGGGGUACACGAGUCAGCCCUGCCCCGGUGAACCCACACACCCGACCCCUACAGGCCGGGACAGCGCUGUAACACCCCCCCCCCCCCCACACACACACACACACACACACACACACACACACACACAAACACACAACCCACCCUGCUCCCCACAAACACCUCAUGAAAAAAGCAAAAAGGAUAACGUCAAAUAUACGGGACUGUCUUCAUACCACACGGCUCCGAACUCAUUGUCUACGGCUCCCCUCCGAUGAAGCAUUGUAGGGGAAUAAAAUGCGAAAGUCUAUCAGCUUAGAAUUUGCACUUUGGCACAAAAUCUCACUAAACACACACACACACACACACACACACACACACACACACACACACACACACACACACACACACACAGGAUGGUAUGUUAGACACCUGGCUACUUUGAGUUCCCCGCUCUGUUGGGUGGGUGGUGUGGUACGUCCUCCUCCUGAGAGGCGGAACCAUACAAAUAUUUAAAAAGUAUAUAUUUUUUGUUUUGUACCUAUCUAUACAUAUAUAGAUAAUUUAAAUUUUAUGUAAAAGGAGCAUGCACUUAUUUUCAAAAGCUGUAGUUAUAUUGCCCCUACUAAAAAAAUGAUAAUAAUAAUUACCAAAGGCAAAUGAAAUGAAUGCAUACAGACGAGCUGAAUAGGUGGCCUAAGAUGUAGCAACACAGCUAUCCAGUAGUGUGGGCCCGUAUCGCCCGGAGUAAAAAUAACACGGCUAUAUUCGCUCUCAAUUUUGACUCUGAAAAUAUUAAUACCUCAUAUGCGCAAUCAGAUUAGUUUGCUUUUGAUUUCUAGGUCUUUAUUUUUAUAAUAACAUUAUUUUCUAGUGUUAUGUAAAUGUAUUGCUGCAAUAGCUUUGCUGCUAAAUCCAUGGUAUAAACGGAUACCAUAAGUACUUUAUUCAGGCUAAAAUAACGGAUCAAGAGAAGCACCUGGUGUUGUAGAAUGACGAGCUAUCAUCGGGGGAGGGGGCGCCCCUGGACAACGAUGGCUACCUUUUGUGGGGGGUCGGGGUGGGUCGCCCCUAACUGCAUGUUUAUUUCAAUCAGGUUGCUGCAUGCAAUAGAUUUUUCAGUAUCAUGUCUACUAUUCGAUUCUGCCCAUGUUUGCACAACACACUAUAGACGGACGUUCGACUCGCACGAAACUGGACAGGGAGGACGGGUCAGAGGAAUCAUGGCGGCUCCACGUCGCCGGUCGUGCUGACGGGCCGCGGCACAGAGCGGCCGGAGCAGCGAACGCAUCCAGACGACAGGGAGGGGAAAAACAACCUUAAUAAUCACAAAUCAAAUCAAAUGUAGGAUUACCAUUUAAAACUGUCUAUGAUAGGUGAAGUACUUUUUUGCAGUGAUUGUUGAUAUAAUUGUGCAAUUUUUUAUACCGUAUGUAGUUAGGUCUGAGUAUGCCUAGAACUGUGAUUCGCUUUAACUGUCGUCAAUGUCCGACAUAGAAGUCCUGUGAAACUUCAUAACUAGUGUAUGCACACGUAUAUAUGUUCUGUUGUACACACACUUGCACCAGUAUACACAGAAGCCUCUCGGCGCACACACACACACACUGACACACACACACACACACACGGACGGCUGUCUUUCUUACGCACACAAACAGGCCUACAAACACACAGUCUGAUCUGAGGAGAAGACAAAUAAUGUGAGCUUAAACUGAGAACUGAGAUCUUUUCUUUCAUUUGUCCCAACGUCGACAAAAAAAAAAGCGCACGUUUACGUCCCAGAAUGCAACCAAAGAGAUCACGUGUUCGACUUUUAACAGACGCCUGACACGCAGAGCGAACAGCCUGCUGCAGCUCAUAACGGCUGAAGCUGCAGUCGAUUAGAUGAGGAACGAGGGCAGUUGGGAAGAAUAAUUGGGGGGGGGGGGGGGGGGCGUAAAAACGAAACAUUGAAGCUACUGGAGACUUGAGGUUGAUAAACUGAGCUCUGCACAUGCUCACUACAUGGCUGGGGUGGGUGGGAACAGGAGAAUGAUAGAGUGCUGCAGGAAUCCUAAGAGUCCUAAAACCCGGACAUGAGUCAGCAUUUCUGCACUCGCGGUUCCCUCAUCUCGAAGUCGAUGGUUUUUUUUAAUAGGUUUUUUGGUUAGAUGUCUGUGGUUAACACAAGCUUAUGAGAUUUUAAAGUUUUGUUCUACAACACAAAAUACUACAGUAAAUGCCCCACUUGUGAAUUUUGGCGCUUUUACGUGUCUUACAAAAUGCUAACAAGUGGCUAAAUGAGACGACGGAGGUUGUCGGGGACAUUAAAUGUUGUCACGCUGAACAAACUCAUCUACUCAGCGGUGGUGAUGUGAAGUCAUGCGAGCGUGGUGUAGUUUCUCUUAUAGCCUCACGUUAGCGCUUGACUUCUGGUGAUCGCAUUUACGCUUCAACAAUCACAAAAGUGUUGAUUAUUUGUGAAGAUUAUCUUGCGGAACAAAACGUGAAAAUAUCUUAAACAUUUGUUUGCUAGAGCUUAUUCUCUGCAAUUAUCCAAAAUCCAGUAGACAUCCCGUUGGCUUUUUCUCGGGGGAACCAGGGCGAUGCUAACUUCCGGAUUGGCCUUCAAAAAUACGUCAUUCCCGCAGCACUCUACCGCCAGAACAUGCAGAAGUGCAAGCUGCGGUUACCAUAUUUAUCCAGAUUAUUUUUUCCUGCAAAGCUUGAAGUAAUGGACCUGCUUAACAAAAAUGGUGGACAUGUAUUUCUUUUAGUUUUUAUCAAAAGGUUAUGGUGCGCGGUUCAAACAGGAUUGAGGGGUGGGAGGGUUCAGAGAAAGUAUUGGCUGCUGAAGACAGGGCAGCUCUGGUCUGGUGGGGGGGGGCAAGUUACACUGGUUUUAGCAAUUUUGUGGACAAUCCGAGCGGGAUCCUACAUCGUUGCAAGUUAAUGUGUCGUCCCCUUUCUUUUUUGUCCGUGAGUUGUGAUUGUCCCGUGCUGGCGCCCCGCGGUCCCUUUCCUCUUUCUCGUUUUAGUCGCAAACUGUUUUGUUUUUUUGCUUUAGGAUAGAUGUUUUUGUUGUCCAAGCAAAACUAAUUGAUACUAAGCAGAAGAUACUUUUUUUACUGGUAGAAAAAAAGGACUUAAAAAAGAAGAGGCUAACCAUGAGUAAUAAUAAGUAUCCCUAUGAAAGUGAAUUCUGGGUGUUUUUGUGACAUUUCUUUCCCCACCCAGACAGGUUUUCUAUGUUUGUUCCUUCUCUAUGAUAGAUAUUUGUUAUGCACUACACUUUGUAUCCGAACAGUUUUCGACGGUCAGCAGUUCUUUUUGUUAGAGACACAAAAAAAAUGAUAAAGCGUGCUUUCUGACUGACAAGAUCUUUUGCAAUACCUCAAUUUUGAAAUAUAUUAGGAGAGAAACUGAUAUUUUCUAAGUAAGUUUAUUCAGAUGAAAAAAUAUAUAUUAAUUUAAUUCUUCAAGAGAAAUGAUUUAACAGAUGGUUGAUUUUUAUUUUAUUUUAUCAUGCUUAUUUGCUUUUAUUUUAAGAAUUUAUUUUUUUGAAAAAGACAACAACUGAAGGAGCUAGAGCUUUAUAACUAAUAUAAUAAUGUAGUUGGAGAGAGUGCAGUCUACUUUAUUACAGUGGACGUGAGGGUGAGUGUCCCACUGGUCAAAUUGGACGAAACAUCAGCGAAGAGCUCUUUAGGAAAAAAAACUAUCAGGUGCUCAGAGAUAAAACUGAACAUAUUUCCCACGUUUUUGUAUAUUUAUAAUCAAUCAUUUACUAUGCUGACCAGAGUUGUGAAAGAGAUCUUCUGUUCAUUAUUUUUUUAAGAGAAGUUUUUUAUGUUUCCUAAAAGUAUGUGCUCCCUUUUGUUUUGUAAAAAAGCAACGUGACGCUGAUUUGUUGGCCUGACAUCGUCGGGAGAAAAACAAAAAGAGACUUGUGAGGGUCUGAACAGCUGGAGGUAGAGAGACAAGAAUGUUAUUUUUAAACACAAAACAGACACACGUGUUUUCACCUGUAACUUGAUCGAAAGCCCCAAAGGUGCAUCAAUUGACUGGUGGCCUUCUAUUCACGCAAGACUUGAAUUAGUCCCAUUUUUUAAGGCUAAGAACCUUGAUUCUUUGUUGUAAUGUGCAAUACUGUUUGUACUGUUUGUAGAAAAGAAGAAAACAAGAAAAAGAGACAUAAAUCUUUAUUGCAGAAUUAUUUUCAUUGCAAGCAUUGUGAUUCACUAAAAUCAUUUUCUACUGUGUAUUUACCUACUCUAUCUGCUAGUACCUUCCAGUAGUAAUGUAGCCUUUGUACUGAGAAAUUUUCAUUAUUUUUAGAAAGUUUUGCUAAAAAAGAAAAUAAUUUAAACAUAUUUACAUAUUUUCAUUUUUAUUUCGUAUUUUUUUCUUUACAGAAUUAUUUCUCAACCAUUAUUUCUUGGGGAGACUUUCAUAUCUGGUCAAUGUCAUUAAUAUUAUUUUGUAUUUUUACUUGGAAUAAAUUAAUUUUAUGAUGAUAAUUCUUUAAAAGUUUAUUUUUUUUGUUUGUUCACUUUUUUCAUUUCUUUUGAAGCUGAAAAAAAAGUUUGUAAUAUUGUUACUAAAAGUGUCUCGAUUCUUGAAAUGCUAAGCUUUAUGUGUUAACUCGCUGAAGUUGCUUACAUUAGUGUGAAAAUGAUCCAUGGAGAAAAGAAAAGCAAAAAUUCACAAACAGGUGGUUGGUGAUGUUAAAGUGAUUCGCAAUGUAAACAAAUGAAUGGGCAAUAAAAUAAAACUGGCAGAACGGAGCAUACAUGCAGUAUGUUGUGAUGUAAUUGUGGAAGAUGGACAACACCACUGACCAUUUGCAAAUACAUUGCUUCUGCUACUCCAAUAAUACUGCUACUACUACUCCUACUCCUACUACUACUACUAUUACCACUAACGACAAUAACGCGUCCUCACUGUGCAGUGGAGAGCAACAUUUCCUCACAGGUCAAAUAUUCUCUUCUUCGUAGUAGGUUCAGUCCCUGCAGUGUGUACCAGUGUGAUUGUAUUUAAGUAUGAAUGUAAAUGUAGAGAUUCACUGUUUAAUAUACAACGUUUGGGAAGAGCAUGUAUAACUGUAGAAUUUUAAUUAUUCAUAGAAGGCAAUGGUCUAAAGUGUUUUUUUCUUACCUGACUUUUUAUUUGUUUUUGUAGGCCUACUUAAAAAAAAAAAAAAAUUCAAAUUUCUAAAUCCUACAUUUCACCUCCUGAUCUUCUGCCUUAAAAAGAAUAGUUUGAUAUUUUUGUGAAAUACUCUAAUUCGCCUUCUUGCCAAGAGUAAGAUGAAAAGAUUGACACCACGGUCUACGAUACAUAUAAAGCUACGGACUGCUAGCUUAGCCUAGCAUUAGCACCCUGCUACAUAACUCCCCCGUAAAACUACAGCUCAUAGUUUCACACUUUGGUUUGUGUACAGAUUAAAGAUACUGUGUUAAAUAGUGAACUCUAGUGGGACUUAUAAUCUUAGCCUAGCACCCAGCACCUCUAAAGCUAGCUAUGUCUUGUCUGGGAGCAGUGACUUCUUGAAAUGUGUCGUUUUACACUCUUUUGUUUUUGUAUGAAUUUAACAAACAAACUAUAACAUGCAGGUCUUGUAAGCUUUUAACAGAGCCAUGAUAGUCGUUUACAAUCUUUAUGCUAAGCUAAGCUAACUGGCUUCAGGCCUGCAGCUUUGUAUUUACUGCACAGACAUGAGAGUGGUAUUGUUAUGCUCAUGUUAUUCUAAAUAAGACAGCGAAUUGUGUUGUAGCCCAAAAAAGGUUUUGUUUCUUGUUUGUUUUUUGCUGAAGUGACGUCCCUUCCUGUCUUCAUCCGAAAAGAGACUUCAGUGCUCAUGUGAGAAUGUUAUUUCUGGCUGGCCUUUUCUACCAGUUUAUACAGCUGAUGCUAAUGCUAAUACCAAACCCCCGCCCCCCAUGUCUUCUCAUUAGUCCCACUCUUCUCUCUCUCCCAGGGCUCUGUAUUAUUCACCAACACCAAGUAUCUAUCUCUAUCUCCUGACCUUUGAUUUAAGUUUCUCUUAAAACAAUUUAUACCUGAACUAUACGAGUGUAUGUGCAAAUGAAAAAGAUCACGAUUUGGAUGAUGGCAAGCAUUUUAUAUAUUCCUCUCUAUAGAUAAACGUAUGUAUUUCAUGUAACUAGACUUGGGUAGUAUUCUGUAUAUUCACUUCUGCUACAUGGCGUUCUCUGGGUAGGUAAACACUGUCGGUCUCGUCAUGUUGUGAUCUCAAAAUAGAUGAAAAAAAAAAAGAUUGGUAAUGUGCUUUUUUUUCCCCCCACAAACAUCCCACUACUUUUGAAAUGUACAUUUUUUUUUUUUUUAUUAUGGCAUCUGUGCUUUUAUUUUCUAGGUUUUUAUUUCCUGACUUGAACACUGGUUCUGUCUUGGCGAGGCUUUUGAGAUUGUUGACUUGGUCUGAACCUUUUGCAGUAUAACUGUGAUUUGAAAACGUGGAGCUCAAUGCUGCUAAUGCUUACUACUGCUUCAGAGUUUGUAGUUCCCACCUUAAUUUUUCCUUUUUCUGUACUAAUAAGCAAAUCUUAUUAAACGUAGUUGUAUGACGCUG